AAACUCCAAAUCCUAGUGGAUAAGAAAACCGCUCACUCUCUCUCUCCCUCCCUCUCUUUCUCUCUUCCUCUCUCGCUUCCAUCUCCAUCUCCAAUUCCUUCUUCCUCUGUUUCGCGCUCAAGCGACUGACUGAGACUCACUGACUCCAUGCCAAUGCCUUUGAAGCUUUAUGUGUAGAAGAAGAAGAACGAGAAGACAAGAAGAAAGACAUGUCAGUCUUAUCAAUUUCAUCAUCGUCGUCGUCGUCCGCAGCCGUUGGAUUCUGUCCUUCCCACAAACACGCCCUUCCCAAUGCCUCAUUUCUCACCCCACUCCAUCUCGUUGGGGUCCACCCAGCAAGUGACCAGAAGAAUACCAAGAAGCAGAAGAGGAGGGCCGCCGCCGUUGGAGGAGGAGUCAUGGCCACCAAGCGCACAGUCCUCAGGACCCACCAUACCCUUUUCUGUGAUGAAUUGUUUAAGGACAGUGGCUUCCAAGCAAAAACUAGAGAUCCUCUGUGUUUCCGGGCACAAUAUAUCUUAUCCACUACACCGCGUUCAACAUCAACAGCAACAACUACAGUGCUUGAUAUGGAGAAGCUCAGACUACCUUCCUUAGAAUUUAAUUCCGAUUCUUUGGCUUCAAGUAGACCGUGGACAUACACAGGGGCAAUUGAUCCUCCCACUGAGGUAGCGAAUUUUGGAUCAACUUUAGCUACAGAAACUCUUCUUACGAGUGAAGAGGCUGUAAUAGCAGCUGCUGCCGCUGAAGCUGUUACUCUUGCAAAAGCAGCUCUGAAGGUUGCAAAGGAUGUGGCUAUGCUGCAUAUAGAAACUGAACAGGUUAGAGUAGGAGCUUCCAUGGGAGCUGAAACUGCAUUUUUGGAAGACCAUUUCAUUCAAUAUGCAGAAAAAGAGUCGGAAGAAGUGGAGCGAACAAAUGAAGAAUUUGAACUUCUGCAGGAGCAACUUUCCAAGGGUAUAACGGCAAAAUCGAGUCGUCAAACCGAAAGGAAGGCCAGAAGAUCAAAAGCAGCAGAAAAGGCUGCUGCAAGUGUUGUGUCUGUGAAGUCUGGUUCAACCACUAGAAAAAAGCGUUCUUCAGUACAAGAAAUAGACCACUCUGAUCCCUUGCGUUACUUGAGAUCUACUACCCACACAUCUCGGCUUCUUACUGCGAACGAAGAAAUUGAGCUUUCUGCAGGAAUUCAGGAACUACUGAAACUGGAAAAGCUGCAGGAGGAGCUUACGCAAAGAUGUGGCAGGCAGCCCACCAUUGCACAAUGGGCUGCAGCAGCAGGAGUUGAUCAGAAGACUUUGAGGAAGCGUGUAAACUGUGGUAUUCUGUGCAAAGACAAAAUGAUCAAGAGCAACAUAAGGCUUGUUAUAUCAAUUGCAAAAAAUUAUCAGGGAUCUGGGAUGAAUCUUCAAGAUCUUGUGCAGCAAGGAUGUCGAGGCCUUGUAAGAGGUGCAGAGAAAUUUGACGCUUCAAAGGGUUUUAAGUUCUCAACCUAUGCACACUGGUGGAUUAAACAGGCUGUUCGAAAAUCUCUUUCCGACCAGUCCAGAACAAUUCGCUUACCCUUUCACAUGGUGGAGGCGACGUAUAGAGUUAAAGAGGCCAAAAAGCAAUUGUAUAGUUUAAAUGGAAGACAUCCUAAUGAUGAAGAAGUUGCAGAGGCAACAGGGCUAUCAAUGAAAAGGCUUUCUGCUGUAUUACUGACUCCAAAAGCCCCUAGAUCUCUGGACCAGAAAAUUGGAAUUAACCUGAAUUUUAAACCUUCGGAAGUAAUCUCAGAUCCCGACGCAGAAACAGCAGAAGAUCUGCUGAUGAAAAAGUUUAUGAAACAGGAUUUGGAGAAGGUACUAGAUAGUCUCAAUCCUAGAGAGAAGCAGGUUGUCAGAUGGAGGUUUGGAUUGGAGGAUGGAAGGAUGAAGACAUUGCAAGAGAUAGGGGAGCUGAUGGGAGUUAGUAGGGAGAGAAUUAGACAAAUAGAGUCAUGUGCGUUUCGAAAACUGAAGAACAAGAAAAGAACUAAACAUUUACAGCAAUAUGCAGUUUCAUAGCUCAUACAGGGCAUCUUGAUUUUCAUCUAUAUUAUGGCUUCAAUUUUCAUGUUGCCGAGUGGAAAUGUACUCUUUUCACUUUCUGUAAUACGAGAGAAUAUUUGUGCACAGAAACAGAAUUUUUUGGAUCUAGCAUUUCAAAUUCUUUUAAUGUAUCAAAGUGGAAAGAAAUUCAUAUGAACAAACGUAAAGACUCAUAUGUCAGGUACUAUUUUCACUC